GACAUCCAUUAGUUGCCCAUGCUAUUGCUCAUGUCCCUGAUAUGGAUUUAGAAUGGUCUAGUGUUGUUGACAGUGGGAUGGAUAAUUUGUGUUCUUUGCUGCCUUCUUCUUCCAUUGAUGACGAUUUUCAAAUUCUUACGGAUAUUCAUGUUAGUAGCUUGUCUUCUACAUUUGAUUUGAAAGAAAAGGAUAUGUUUGCUAGCAAGGAAUUACUAUCAAAGUCAUUUUACUACAUUGCUAUAAAGAACAACUUUGAGUUCAAGACUGUGAGAUCAAAUUCUAAAUCUAUUGAGUUUAAGUGCUCCCAAGAUAAUUGUCCAUGGUAUGUUCGUGCAUCUCGUUACAAGGGUGGGGAAUUAUGGCGGCUAAGGAAGUAUAUUGCUAAUCACAAUUGCUCCAUAAAUGUUAUUCAAACUACUCAUAAACAAGCAUCUUCAUCACUGAUUAGUGAUUGUAUUGGAAAAGACUUUAGUUCUUUUGAUCGUUCAACUCCAAAUGAUAUUAUGAUUCACAUGCGUACUAAACUUGGUGUAAAUGUUAGCUACUAUAAAGCGUGGAGGGCAAAGGAACUUGUUAUGAAUUCUUUGAAUGGUGAAGCAAAAGAAUCUUAUGCCUUGAUUCCAAACUUUUUCAUGAAACUAAAAGAAAUUAACCCAGGUUCAUUCACUGCUUAUGAAACUGAUACAGAGGGACAUUUUAAGUACUGUUUUAUGGCUAUUGGAGCAUGCAUUGAAGGAUGGAAAUAUUGUAGGCCAAUAUAUCAGUUGACGGUUAAUGCUAUUAAUGAUGUUGAAUUUCAAGUGAUUGAUGGAAGAAAACAAUUUAUUGUACGGUUAGAUUGCAAAUCAUGUACCUGUCGCGUUUGGGAUCUUGAUGAAAUUCCAUGUGCCCACGCUCUUGCUGUUCUUCGUGGGCGUAAUAUGAAUACUUACUCUUUUGUUUCCAAGUAUUUUUUGUCAAGUACUUUGAUUUCAACUUAUACUGGAUCAGUUCGUCCGGUUGGGAACCAUGCCAAUUGGAAAUCUAUUGGGUUUGAGAAUAACAUACUACCUCCAACUUUCAAGCGUCGAGCAGGACGACCGCGAAAACAAAGAAUAUUAUCAAUUGGCGAGAAGAAAAGUCACUCAAGAUGCAGCCAUUGUCAUCGUGCUGGUCACAAUCGUAGAAAUUGCAAAUUUCCACCAUUUUUACAGUGA